AUGACUCAUAAAUGUGUGGGUGGUGGAAAUCUCACAACACCUGCUUGUUUUGAACAAGAGAGACUAGCUCUUCUCAAGUUCAAACACAGCAUCACAUAUGACAAUAGAAUGCUUUCAUCAUGGGGUGUUGGUAACGACUGCUGUAGGUGGGAAAGAGUCGGCUGUGACGAUGCCACUGGAAGGGUUAUUAGCCUUCAUCUCGGUAGUAGUUUCGUGGUAGAAGACUAUAUCUAUUGGCGUUAUGAUGAUUACGAACCAGGUUCUUUUAUUGAGGACGACUACGAGUUAGUUGGUGAUGAGGUGAAUUCUUGUUUAACUGAGUUGGUGCAUCUAAAGCAUCUAGACUUGAGUGGGAAUUAUUUUCAAGGAAGCCAAAUUCCAGAGUUCAUCGGAUCCUUUAAACAACUAAGGUAUCUCGAUCUCUCUAAUGUUGGUUUCACCGGUAACAUCCCCCAUCAAAUUGGAAACCUUUCUAAUUUAAAGGUUCUUAAUCUCCAUUCAGUUCCAACUUCCAUAGAUAAGUUGAGAAUAGAUGAUAUUUCAUGGAUUUUUGGUCUUUCAAAACUCGAAUAUCUUGACUUAACUGGAGUCGAUCUUAGUAGAACACAAAACGUUGAUAGCUUACUCUACACAUUUCCUUCAUUAUUGAAACUAAGUUUGUCCAGGUGUGGAGUUUCUAUAGCUCAUCUUGGGUCUCAUCAUCUUAAUUCCAGUAGAGAACUUGCCAACAUCAAACACCUGGAUCUUAGUUAUAAUGAUUUCAAAGGUCAACUCCCUGGCUUUUUUCUGAACAUGACAUCCCUAGCGUUCCUUGAUCUUUCAUCGAAUGAUCUUAGUAUGGCAUGGUUCUUUAAAAACUUGCUAAACAUGAUACCUUCUUCUGUAUCAGAGUUGCAGUUGUCAUAUUGUGGGAUCCAGAAUAUCAAUCUUUCUCCCACCAAUCUUAAUUUCACUACACUUUCUAACAUCCAACACCUCGAUCUUAGCCGGAAUGAACUUCAAGGCAGAUUUCCAUCUGCUUUAACAAACAUGAGUUCUCUGAUAUCUCUUGACCUUUCAAGUAACCAACUGAAUUCAUCAAUCCCUGUCAUGCCUAAUAACCUUCUUAAGCUUGAUAUUUCUUGGAAUAAGUUUAGGCAGAUUGAGGAUGUUGGAAUUUGGAGGCACUGUAACCUCCAAGAGUUAAUUGUUUCAUACAAUGCUCUUGAAGGACAAUUGAUUAGCCCAUCAACUAAUGUGUCCAAGUGCUCUCAAAAUGCAUUGGAGAUUUUGGAUUUACAUCAGAAUACAUUAAACGGUUCAAUUCCAGAAUCCAUAGGAAGAUUGACCAAUUUAAGAGUCUUAGAUCUAUCUCAAAAUGCAAUGACAGGUCCAAUCCCAGUAUCUGUAGGAAGACUUACUUCAUUAAGAGUGCUUUCAGUGCUUUCAAAUUUGUUAUGUGGGACCAUUCCGAAUUCAAUUGGGCAACUCAUGAAACUCAAUUUUUUAGACAUCUCUAACAAUUCUUUACAAGGAGUUGUUUCAGAAAACCAUUUUGCUAACCUCUCAAUGUUGAAGUACUUGGAUGCAAAUUCUAAUGAUAAAUUGAUUUUCAAUAUUUCACGUGGGUGGAUGCCUCCAUUCCAGUUGAAAGUCGCUCGACUCGGUUCUUGCAAGAUAGAAGGCGGAUUUCCACAAUGGUUUCGAGCUCAAAGGAAGCUUCAGGAAUUAGUGUUGUCCAAUGCUAGCAUUUAUGGAGCUCUUCCCACAUGGUUGCGCCUCCUACCCAUGAUACGUAUAUUAGAUCUUUCUCACAAUAAACUCACAGGUCCUUUGACGAACCUUCCUUCUCUAAAUGAGGUUGAUUGGGAAAAUUCCCAAGUGCCUAUGGAAUAUGUCCUUGAGUGUGAUGCUACUGAGUUCAAAUAG